AUCUAAUUGGUCAGAAUGGUCGGUGAUAUCAAGUAUGACGUCAGCAAGGGGGCGAAUUGUCACCGGCUCCCACUGCCACCCAGCAACAGUUGCCCCGGCGACAGUUACUGCCCAGGGAAGUGGACAGUGGCCGGAGAUUGGUGGUCAGUGUGUAUAGGCAGGCUUGCAGCCCUUCAGAAGGCGCUGGCCGUUGGCGUUAGCACCAUGAGAAGGACCCUAGUGAUCAGCCCCGGCGAGGCAGCUGCCGUCACAGCCAGUGUCUCCUACCGCUACGUCAAGUGUGCCCUGCGACUCGUGUCCCAGCACGCCUACUGCAUCACCGGAGUGGCCAUCACAGGAAUAGGCUUCGUGAUCUUACGUUACUGGAUCGCCGGAGGCGUCUGCCGAUGCACCAGGCGGAUGGACGGGAAAACCGUGAUCAUCACCGGUGCGAACAGCGGCAUUGGAAAGGAGACGGCCAGAGAACUAGCGAGGAGAGGAGCACGUGUAAUCAUGGCCUGCCGGGACGCGCAGCGCAGCGAGGAGGCCGCGAAGGAGCUGCGGGCCAGCACGGGGAACGAGCAGAUCCUGGUGUCCCGGCUGGACCUGGCCUCCAUCCAGUCCGUGCACGGCUUCGCCCGGGAGAUUGCCGAGACCGAGAGCAAGAUCGACGUGCUUAUCAACAACGCAGGGGCUCCCAUUGGUCCGAGACAGGUGACAGAGGACGGCUUUGAACUGCAGAUCGGCGUCAACCAUCUCGGCCACUUCCUGCUGACCAUCCUGCUUUUAGAGCAGCUGAAAUGCGGCACGCCAAGCCGCAUCAUCAACGUGGCCAGCCGGGCACACUACCUCGGCAAGAUUCGCUUCAACGACAUCAACAUGAAUGAGCACUAUGAUUCCCUGCUGUCGCACUGCCAGAGCAAGUUGGCGAACAUCCUCUUCACCCGUGAACUCGCUCGGCACCUGCAAGGGGCCGGAGUUACUGUGAAUGCGGUGCACCCUGGUCUGGUCUGGACUGAUACGCUCAGGCGCAUGAUGCAGCAUCAACCCCUCUACAUCCGUCUGAUGUUGGCUCCCUUCUACUUCUGCCUAAAGACGCCCGAGCAAGGGGCUCAGACCAGCAUCCACUGUGCCGUGGCACCUGACCUGGAAGGGGUCUCUGGUCAGUAUUUCAGUGACUGCGUGCAGAGGGAAGUUUCCUACUAUGCCCAGGACGACUGCUUGGCCAAGACCCUGUGGGACACGAGCUUGGAAAUGGUGGCCCUGGAGGUCUCACCGAGCACCAUCAACGGCAGUCUGUACUGGUCGAUGGCACACCGGAUCCGAGGGAACAACACCAAGAAGAGCCGCCUGUGUGUUUACUGAGCUAGUGUACCUGUUAUUACAGAAGAAUAAAUAACAACUUAUGUCCAUUCUGACACGGCAGCUCUCCUCUGCUCUAACCCCCAUCCCCUCCCACUCUCAGAUUCCAAACCCCUGCAGGUUUUGAGGUGCAGCCCCGGUGGGGAGGAGACAGCCCUGCCCCAGCAGGCUGGUUUAAAGGGACUAAGGAGCUGCAAGGGGGCAGAUGUUCCACUCAGGGGAACAAGGAUAAGGCAGGCAUGUUGAAACUGCAGCCACGGAUGUAAGAGGCACUUAAGCUGACAGAGGUGCAGAGUGACGCAGUCCUCGUGCGGGAAAAAUCACAUCAGUGUGACUCAGGAGAAAGCUCAGCACGAAGAUGGGCCGAAGGGCCUGUUACUGAGCUUCAUUUUUAGCUUCAUCUCGUGUACACAGAUUUAAUUAACACCAAUGUGACCAGCCGGCUUAAGCUCAGUGACCUGCUGUGUGGAGGCCGGAAGGAGAUUUGACUGAAUGCAAUACACACAGCAAACCCAUUUCAGCUGGGAAAACUGACCUUCACCAGAGAGCCGGUCAACAGCCAAGUCCCCACGCUCCGUCCCACCGGGCAGGCUCACCGCUGUCCGUAAAAGCAGGCAGAAAAAAAACAGACCGUUCUCCACCUCAGCACUGGCUGUAAGCGCAGAAACGACAGCCCGUUCUCCACCUCAGCACUGGCUGUUCCACUGGCUGUAAGCGCAGAAACGACAGCCCGUUCUCCACCUCAGCACUGGCUGUUCCACUGGCUGUAAGCGCAGAAACGACAGCCCGUUCUCCACCUCAGCACUGGCUGUAAGCGCAGAAACGACAGCCCGUUCUCCACCUCAGCACUGGCUGUUCCACUGGCUGUAAGCGCAGAAACGACAGACCGUUCUCCACCUCAGCACUGGCUGUAAGCGCAGAAACGACAGACCGUUCUCCACCUCAGCACUGGCUGUUCCACUGGCUGUAAGCACAGAAACGACAGCCCGUUCUCCACCUCAGCACUGGCUGUUCCACUGGCUGUAAGCGCAGAAACGAUGGAUGGUCUUCUUCCUGAGCACUGGCUGCUGUCACUGGUCAUAAAUGCAGAAACAACUGGCCAUCCUCCUCCUGAGCACUGGUCUCUCUUACUGGCCUUGAGCACUGGCUGCUCUCGCUGGCCUUCAGCGCAGAAACAAGACCAUUCUCCUGAGCUCUGGCGACUUUCGCUGGCCACAAACGCAGAGACCACAGACCAUCCUG